UUGCGCAGAGAAAUAAUCACUUUUAUGUGAAAAGUCAGCGACCUCCCUUUUCUUCAUAGUAACCAUCAACCCAUUUUCUCUCUCUUUGCUUUUUUGAGAAGAAGAGGAAGAGGAGAAAUCAAGCAUUUGUUUCAAUAUUCUCUCAUCUUUUGCUUCUUCACAACAGAGUACUCUUUCUUUGGCCUAAAUAAAUAAAUAUAUAUACAAGUGCAUGUUCUUUACGUCUGUUUGGUGCAAAACAUACCAAACAGACUAUCAAGGUUCAAAUCAAGAAUCUGGUUGCUGUUGGUGGUUCAUCAAGUUGAGAGAAUUAUAUAUAGGUAAGGCAUGUGCAGCUAGGCCGCAAAAAAAAGUGAUGGAGAAUAAUUAUCAAGGUGAUUUAGCUGAUAUAUUCCGAGGUGGAAAUAAUAGCACUUCCGGUGAGUCAUCAUCCACUACUGUUGUUCCUGUUCCUGAUGGAUGGCAGUUCCCUUAUUCGGCCUCUCACAUUGAAGAACCGACGUCGGGUCAAGAAUUUGGAGAUCCGUUUUGUAACUUGAGAGAUCCACUCUUCCAUGAUCUUGAUAUGAUGCAGGCCACUCAAGAAAAUAAUAAUAAUAAUAAUGAGGGUACUAGUAUUUUUGGAGAUUCUCCUUCAAUGAAAAGACGAAGCAAUAUGUUUUCAAGGAUGCUUCAGAUCUCUCCUACUACCAAGUUGGCCAUGUCACCGUCUGAUGUAUCCUGUUCCUCUCCAAAUAAUGUUAUUGGUGCAUUACUUCCUAAUCAUGAUGCUAUUAGUUCCUCCAAAACCUCUUUACUGGAAAACUCUGCCUUGCAGAUCUCAUCUCCGCGAAAUACGGGUAUCAAAAGAAGAAAGAGUCAGGCGAAAAAGGUGGUGUGUAUACCAGCAGCAGCACCUGCGAACAGCCGGCAAGGGGGAGAAGUUGUUCCAUCUGAUUUAUGGGCUUGGAGAAAGUAUGGUCAGAAGCCAAUCAAAGGUUCCCCUUACCCAAGGGGUUACUAUAGGUGCAGUAGUUCCAAGGGAUGUUCAGCAAGGAAACAAGUGGAAAGGAGCAGGACAGACCCAAACAUGUUAGUGAUCACCUACACUUCAGAACAUAACCAUCCAUGGCCAACUCAAAGAAAUGCCCUUGCUGGAUCAACCAGGUCUCAGCCUAAUAAUUCCAAACACACGAACAAUAUUAUUAUACCAAAUAAUUCUCAAUCUCAAACCGAUACAAGCUUCAAAGAAGAUGAUCAAAAGGAGAGCGGCAAAGAUAAUGUUGGACAAGUGAACAUUUCAACGUACCCAAAAGUGAAGGAAGAGGCGAGGGAAGAAGAUGGUCAUCACCAACAAGUGGAAAUGCGUGAUGAUGAAUUUUCUAAAGACAGUUAUCAGCCAAUAUUACCACAUUCAUCGAAUCAGUGUCAUGAGGAUUUCUUUGCAGAUUUGGUAGAACUCGAAGCUGACCCUCUAAACCUUUUGUUUGCCAAAACUCUCUCGGGAGAUAUCAAUGAAGUGGGACAGAAGAAGGCCAUCGAAUCAUUCAACUUGUACGAUUGGAGCAAAGACCGUAACUCUACCAGCAACAACAAGCCCGACACCUAAAAAAAUUCGAGCAAACACAAAAAUUAAGCAAAUUAAAUUCCGCUUGGUACAUAUUCUUGACUGAUGCUAAGUUUCUUGAGUGAGAAUUUUCUUCAAGUAAGGAGGGUUUAAUUUCUCUUGGCCAUAAUUUUCCUUUUUUCUUUUUGGGUUGGUUGUUUGUUUGGUCUAAUAUUGCUACAUACUGUACAAGUACCCCUUUUCAUAAUCUUGUCUUCUGACUUACCAGAACAGUGAAGAGAUUAGGGGUGAAUUUUUUUUUUAAAAAUAAAAUAAAAGGGUAAAGGAGUGCUGGUUGAUUGGGAGCAGGGCCCACGAGAGUCCUCCAUUCCUUUUGGGAAUAUUAAUGGAUGGGACAGAAAGGUAAGGAACAGAAGGUUUCAACAGUUAAAAGCUAACAAGUACAUCUAUCAGAUCAGACAUGACCAGAUAUAGCUCAUAAAGACGUGCGAUGGAACUCCCAUUUUUUCAGUGGGAAAAAUAAUUGAACCCUCCCAUCAUUCA